AUGCUGGGUUUCCCUGGUAUUCCAGGAUCAAAUGGUAUACCGGGAGUCCCGGGGCCACACGGACCUCAGGGAAGGGAAGGUGUAAAAGGAAAAAUCGGUGAUAAAGGAUCACAAGGAAUGCCGGGUCCAAGAGGAGACAGAGGGCACGAAGGAACCCCUGGGAAGAGUGGACCCCGAGGAAUUAAGGGAAUGAAAGGUGAACAGGGACUUGUGGGAAUGAAAGGAGAGCGAGGCAUUGUGGGAAUAAAAGGAGUGCGCGGAGCUGGGGGAAUGAAAGGAGAGCGAGGCAUUGCGGGAAUGAAAGGAGUGCGCGGAGCUGUCGGAAUGAAAGGAGAGCGAGGCUUUGUGGGAAAUCAGGGAAGGAAAGGAGAAAAAGGAGAGAAAGGAGAAAGCGCCAAAGCAAGUCAAGCAAGUGUAGUACCACAAACCAACUGGAAACAAUGUGUGUGGAAAUCAGGCACCAACACUGAUAACGGAAAGAUUAAGGUACAUAGAAUAAGAAUCAUAAAACACUCCUAAGAAAAUUCAUUCCUUUUUAAAUUAAAAUGUUUCAAAGAAGAAAGUCUCCCCUCUCACUCACUGUUUGCCAAAAUAUUACAUAAAUAACUAAGUUACAUUUCUCUCUACUUUGGUUCUUUUUUGAACGAAAAAAGAAAACCAUCGUGGGUGAUAAAAUGAUUCCUGACCAUAUGGAUAAGGACAACGAAAAUUGAAGCUAUUACAGAGUUUUUCAAAAUUAGGAAGUAAUCAUGACUGUAGUUGUUAGUAUCAAUCAUUACGACACGGUUGCUCGCCUUACUACAAUAUGUUUGAUUUGUCUGAUUUUAUUCCAGGACUGUGCAUUUAACAAACUGCAGUCUAAUUCAGCGCUCAGAGUCUCAUUCCAGGGAAACACAGAAGUCUAUGGUGAUUAUGUGUGUAACCGAUGGUAUUUCAAGUUCAAUGGAAACGAAUGUAGUGGACCAAUGACGAUUGAGGCUAUCGUUUUCAACAACUGGUCAUCUGGGGACCAUAAACUACUGCAUCAUCGGUCAUUUGAGGGGUACUGUGAAAACAUUCCACAAGGCGCGGUUAGAGUGGAAUUAUGGGUAGGAAAAUGUCGGGCCUACACCUUGGGUAAUGCUGACACUGGGUGGAAUUCAGUGUCCCGGAUAAUGAUUGAAGAAGUAUCUAGGCCCCAGUCCUAA